UUCAUACAGUGACGUCUGUCAAUUGAAUUCAUGUGAAUGAAAAAUUCUGUAUUAACCUAACAGCUUUAAGUUUUUCUAACUGAUUUGCUUACAUACACAAUUCUUACAUAAAGAAUUGUAAACUGAUAAGUGAAAAACAUAUUUUGCUUCAUUUAAUUAACGUAAAUUUGGUACAUCUUAAAUGGGAUUAUUGUAAUAUGUCUUCACGCGUUUUAAGAAAACUACAAGGCGAUAAGGAUUUAACAGAAGAAAUAUUGUCUGACGUUGAAACUGAUAUACCUGUGUCAAGUGGUGCUCGGCGAAAGCAAUUAAAUGUGAACAGAUACGAUUUGUUAAAUCAACAAUCACAUUCAGAAAGUGAAGUAAAAGAAGAUGAUAAUGAAACUGAAGCAGCAACGCCAGCAAACACUGAAGAUCCACAAGAAUCGACUAAACGAAAGAAAAAAAAGAAAAAGAAGAAGUCUGGUAAAUCGAUGAGUACAAGGCGAAGUAGUGAGGACAAUGUGGAAAUUGAUGAAGUGGAACGAUCUGUACGUGAAGUAAAUAAGUUGUUAGGUGAAACAGAUGGUGGUGGAGGUGGUGCUGGUCAUUCUUCCGCCAAAGAUAUGGAUAAAGCACAAAUUGUACGCAAGGGUAUUUUAAAUAUACAACAUCGUAAUUUAAAUUCAAAUAAUGAAUUGAAGAGGAUAUUUGGUUCGAGAAUCUUUCAAACGGAACAAAAUAAAAGGCGUGGGCGAGGUCGAGUACAUUUAAAAACUACAUGGCUGGUGACAGCAAAAGACAAUUGGCCACAAGUUGGCAAACCUGGUCUCUCAAUGAGUCUUGUAGAAAAUAAAAAAAAUAUUUUAACAUUCACAUAUGAGCAUAAUUUUAAUUAUCAAUUAACACAAAUGAAAUUUUUAGAAGCUGUAGAAAGUUUAAAUCCAGAUAAUAUUGUUGCAAUUAUCAAUGAUCAUCCAUAUCAUGUAGAUACACUUAUACAACUUUCAGAUUUAUGCAAGAUGAGUGAUGAUUUAGCAAUGGCUGCGGAACUUAUCGAACGUGCACUAUUUUGUUUAGAAUGUGCAUUUCAUCCAUUGUUUAAUAUUGCUCAGGGUAAUUGUCGAUUAGAUUAUCGUCGUCAAGAAAACAGGGCAUUAUUCAUAGCAUUAUUUAAACAUUUGAUUUUUGUGGGUGAUAGAGCAUGCUAUCGCACUGCAUUAGAAUUUUGUAAGUUACUAUUAUCAUUGGAUCCAGAAGGGGAUCCAUUAGGUAUAAUAUUAGCAAUUGAUUUUUAUGCAUUACGUGCACGAGAAUACAAAUGGCUUUUACAAUUAUUUGAAGAAUGGGAAAAUUGGAAAAAUUUAUCACAAUUGCCAAAUUUUGCCUUUUCCAUUGCGAUUACACAUUAUUAUUUAACAAUUGAUAGAGACAAAGAUUUAACAGCUGCAAAUCAAUUAUUACAAAAUGCUUUAAUUACAUUUCCUGGUGUAUUAAUGCCAUUACUUGAAAAGUGUUGCGUGCAACCGGAUUCAAGAGUCUCAUCACAUUCAUUUUUUGGGCCUGAAAGUCAAAAUAGCCAAACGUCUGGAUUAACUCAAUUGAUAAGAUUGUACGUAUGCCGUGGUCACCAUAUAUGGAAGGAAGGCAAUUUAUUAACAUGGCUAGAGGAAAACGUUAAUAAGGUUUUAGAUCGUGUGGAUGCAAAUGAUCCAUUUGUGAAAGAAUGUGCUGCUCGCCGUGCUACACGAUAUGUUGGUACACCACGAAACAUAUUGCGACACAUUUUACUAUCUGAUUUUAAAGAGGUUACGGCAUCUAUACAAACUGACACACAAGGACCGGUUCUAAGUUUUGAUCCGUUACCACCACCAGAUUCAAUAAAUUUGUAUACAAGACCGCGGGGAGCUCGAGUAUAUCAUAAUUCAAGUGCUAUGAGCAUGUUCUUUCAGUCGUUGUUACCGAAUUUUAAUAUAAAUGAACCAGCAAGCCCUGCGAAUGAUCAAGGAGGUGUAAUUCAAGAGGUUGGUGCAGAAGAUUUAGGUGAAGCUGGUGCUAGUGGGGUGGAUUUAAGACGUAGUGUAACAUCUUUAUUGGAUGCUAUGCGAGAUUUAUUAAGUAAUAUCCGGUUACCUGAUGGCCCAAAUGAUGCUGAUGUAGAUGAUGAUGAUGAAUCAGAGACAGACGAAGAAAUGAACAAUUAUUUAACAUAAAUAUCAACAAAUUGAUGUAUGAAAAAAUAUAUACCUACUAUAGCAAUCCAUUUAAAAAAACCUGUAAAAAUGUUAUGUUGCAAAAAUUAAUAUUUUAAUUUAUAUUGAAAAAAAGAUCGUGUGUAUCCCUAAUUAAUCAUAUUAUCUAUCGAAAAAAUGAAUAAAAACCUCUAAAAAUAA